GGGACGGGAAGGGGCGGACAGCCAGCCAAGUUCUCAGCAGGGAAGGCUGGGAGAGACCCCGAAGUCACGGGGAAGGAGGUGACAGUCCUGGCACUUGUCCACUGAAGGCCUCACUUUCUGCUGUGGUGAUUUUCUGGGCCAAGGCAUGUGGCGGCUGCUGAUCCCUCUGGCCCUAUGGCUGGGCACUGCGGGCGUGGGUGGGGUUGAGCUCACCGAGGUCCAGCACAGGGGCCUGCAAGUGGCCCUGGAGGAGUUCCACAAACACCCGCCUGUGCAGUGGGCCUUCCAGAAGACCAGCGUGGAGAGCGCCAUGGCCAUGCCCUUCCCAGCAGGCACCUUCGUACGGCUGGAAUUCAGGCUCCAGCAGACGGGCUGCCGGAAAAAGGACUGGAAGAAACUGGAGUGCAAAGUCAAGCCCAAUGGGAGGAAGCGGAAAUGUCUGGCCUGCAUCAAACUGGACCCUAAGCAUACAGUUCUGGGCCGGAUGGUCCACUGUCCCAUAGAGACCCAAGGCCAGGAGCCCCAGGAGCCUCAGUGCAGCAAGGUGCAGCGGGCUGGCGAGGACCCCCACAGCUUCUACUUCCCUGGACAGUUUGCCUUCUCCAAGGCACUGCCCUCUAGCUGAACCCUGGACUGAAUCUCAGCUGGCUUCCUGGACAGCGGCAGGCAGCCCCACCCUGCCAGACAGAAGAUCCAUCACACCCAAGAUCAAUAAAACUCUUCUCCAAGCCUGU